UGAAGUUUGCACACUCGCCAUCGAAGAGGUUGGAUUUUUUAUACCUCCUUGAAGGUUGGAUUUAGUUAGGAUAUAAAGAUGUCAAUUUUUACAACAAACUUGGUUCCACCAAUUGAUCAUGUGACAACUUGUGAAAAAAAUGGUGAGCUUGUUUGCAGACCGAUUGAUGAAGCAAAUGAAUCCUGCUUGCAGGACCCACUCUUUCAGGAAAAGAACUACCCAAAUGUUGAACUAGCAGCAGAGAGCCUACGCUCAUUAGCUACUCAAAAAAGUGCAAAGUCUGCAUUUCUACCAUGUAAAGAGACUCUGUGGAAACGUGCACUACAGGCUUGGCAUGAACAGGGCUUGUGUGGUGCUCUAGAGGUGGUUGCUGAAGAUGACAGUUAUACAAGUACCAGUUGGACACCGUGGUUAGCAUGCGCUAGUCUAGCUGCAGUACGCUGGCUCAACUCGCUUCACGGCUCUCUUUACCCACAUUUAGUGCUAUCCAAUGAAGAUAUGAUUUCUGAGUUUACUUCGAUCCGUCACUGGCAAAGAUCUGAGAUAUGUGCACUUGCAUGGCAUCCACACACACCCAAGUGUGCUGUUGCACUUAAGGACAAUUCAGUCAAAAUAUUUGUGGCAAAAAGUGAAGUAGUCUCAAACCUAAAACACAGACUUCAGAAGUGUGUGGCAGCACUUGCCUGGAAGCACCACUCAGCAUCAGUCUUGGCUGUAGCGUGUAAGACCUGCAUUUUGAUAUGGCGAGUUGAUCCAUCAUCAUUAUUUACAAGGCCAGCAGCCAGUGCAGCACAUGUGUUGUCCUACCAAGGUCAUGGUCCAGUGACUUCAUUAGCAUGGGAUCCUAGAGGGGAGCUAUUGGCUUCAGCCUCACCCAGUGACACAGCCAUGCUGAUUUGGGAUGUAGCAAAAGGUAGUUGCACAGUUCUGCGGCGGUUUGGUGGUGGGGGAGUUUCGCAUUUGAGAUGGGCACCUGAUGGUCAAAGGCUUUUUGCAGCCACGCCAUCACAGAUGUUCAGAGUGUGGGAAACAAAAACCUGGCAGUGUGAGCGCUGGACACACUUAAAUGGACGUUGCCAAGCAGCUUGUUGGAGUCCAGAUGGUAGAAUACUAUUGUUCGCAACAGAGAAUGAACCAAUCAUAUACUCGCUUACAUUCAACAAGGAAAGUACAACAGAUGCCAUUGGUGGAUCCAAAGCAGCCGUCGUAUGUGCUGACCUAUCCGAAAGCACUUAUGAGAUAGAUGGUGAUGAAGUCAUCAGGGUUGGUGGUCUUGUGCAAGAUAUGACUUGGAGUGCAACUGGAGAGAGACUAGCUGUAUCAUUUAAGCCUAAUGAAAAUGAUGAUAAUCAAACCAACUUGGUGGCACUGUUUAAUGUCAGGCAAAAACAACUUCUUGAGCUCAUCCCAAUUGGUUUUGUUCAAGGUGAAGGAAAUCAAGUGUUGCAGCUUAUUAGUUUUGAGCCAACUUUCAAUCAAGGUGCAUUGCUUACACUGGUGUGGCAAGAUGGUCGUGUUACUUAUGUUCCCUUGUUCUUCCUGUCAUCACAAGAUGUGGAGCAUUACCAGACAAGCUAUGUUCACUCAGUUGCAAAUCAGUUACCACAACAACAGCAACAUGACCUCUACACAAGUAUUAAUUCAGGAGUUAACAAUACUACUGCAGUAAAAUAAUCAUGAGUUGUGUAUUAUACUUAUAUGAAUCACUCUGGCAUGAAAUCUACUUAAAUGUAAAAUAUAUUUAUAAAGAAUAUUGCAAGGAGGAUUGUGUCACAUUAAAGAUGUUCCUUUUAAUCAUACAUGCUUUUUUCAUUAAAAAAAUAUGUACAGUUAAUCUUGCCUAAGUCAUACUUUGCCUAACUUGAAUAAUUUCUAAGUCAAUCUUGUUUUACAUGCCAAAUUAAUGAUCUGUAAGUCUCUACAAUUUUUCAAUGCCACUUUGAAUUCCACUUAGGAAAAAGUUCAACUGAUAAUUCACUAGCAGUAUAAUGUGUAUUCCAUAUUCUGAUGCAGUACUUAACAAUCCCAGCCUCACAAACAUAACAGCAUUAUGUUUCAACUAAUGCUAAAUGGGUUUAUAUAUAAUAAAUUGUGCUUUUAAGGUCACAUUAUUAGGAACUGAAAAUUAAACAAGUAAAAACAAUUAAAUUUUGUUGGGUCCCUAAAUAAGUUUUUUAGUCCAAUGGCAGGCACAUUUACAUACACCAUAAGCAAUAUUGAGUUAUAAUCAUGUAGAUUUGUGUAGCGUCGGUAUCCAUCAAACAAGAUGCUCAUGGCGCUUGAUAUGUGGACGAGUAACUCAAUCAAUGACUUUCUUCGCCCCCAAGUGUCCCUUGGUGUCUGUGCUAUCCGGUGACUCGGUAUCACCAACACCGGGGUAUUUCCCUACUCGUCUCGAAAUCCAAGUAGACUUGUUCUACCACCAGAACCAUAGGUGAGCGUGUCGUUUGAACCAGUGCUGAUAUUAUGGCUGUAGGUUGCAGUGCCCCUGCCUCAACAUUUUUGAAAGAAUAAACGACUAACUUUGAGGCACUACGUCAAGAAGCACAAUAAAGACAAAAUCAAGAUGCA